CACCACUGUGUGUCCAUUGGAGCAAACCUGGCGUCUGUGCACAGCUCUGCGGAAUAUCAAUUUCUACAGGAAGUGGUGGGGAGCAAGAUUGGCGGUUUCUCUACUACCUGGAUUGGAGGAUUUGAUGCUGUUCAGGUGGAGUAUACUCACAAAUCAGUAGUAUCUUGGUAUACUCAUCAAUAUCUCAAGGGUCACUGGUAAAGUCAGAUCUAGGUUUUUUAGUAUCCACUGGCAUACUAUAAUAAUAAUAAUAAUAAUAGUAAUAUGGGAUUGCUUUGAUACUGAGACCUCACUUCUUCACCACAGGACAGGCUAUGGUUUUGGAGUGACGGCUCCAAAUUUGAUUACCAGAACUGGAAGAAAGGAGAGCCCAAUAAUAGCGGUGGCAGAGAGCCAUGUAUGGUGAUGAACUGGGGAGGUACAGUAGGCUCACUAUCAUUCACUGAUACAUUCAUCAAAUUAAACUUUAUUCACAGUACAUUUAACGAAUAAAACUGACACACACACCACACACCGCAAACACACUAUUAUAUUGUUGUGUGAACAUCUGAGAUUAUUUGAGAGGUCAUUUCUGUUCUGUGUUUCCUUUUAAGAUGAAUACCGCUGGAACGAUAUAAACUGUGGAAACAGCUUUCCCUCUGUGUGCUCCAAAAUAAUCUGUGAAAUCGAGAAAAACUGA